UCUCUUCCGCUUGAGUCCAGGUAAACAGAACUCAGGUGGAACCGGUUCGUAUGGACGGAAUCUUGUGUUCUAAGAGAAGACGAAGUUUCUAAAAACAACAUUGGUGGAACAUAUAUAUAUACAUAUAUAUAUAUGUACACAUAUGAAGGACGAGGAAGAAUUACAUUUACACGGAGGUAUUUACUCUUAGAAGAGGUUUUUUUCAAUGUAAAUGAUAAGUUCUCCAUGAACACUCAAUAAUUGCACACAAAGAAGAUCUUUGUUUUGGCUUUUUUUUUUUUUUUUUUUUUUUUUACUGUGAGUUUUAUAUGUCACUUUGUCAUGAACUCAUUUCAUUGAAGCAAGAAAUCUCAAAGUCAGGACUGAAGAUGGUCUGAUGGACCCAAAUUUUCUGGUGACUUUUGUUUUUUGCUCAGUUUUGUGGAUUCUUUUUUGGGAAGUCAAGUGGAAUAAAACAAAGGAGAACCAAAUUGAAGAAUGGAUCAAUGGAAAUGGCUUCUCCGAUUACAGACACCUCUUUAAAGAUGUUCUGUCCUUGGAAGAGCUGAGCUUUAUUGUUAUUUCUAAGUUAGAAGAAGCUGUAGUCAAAUCUGUGCCAGUGCAGAAACUCCAGGAAUCUCAGAAUCAUCUUUUGAGAGAAUUUGCAUUACAAGAGUGGCUCUGGUCUCAAGGCCUUGAGCAUUAUUACCACACGUUGAAGGCGUUGGGUUGCACAAGCUUGGAUGAUUUAGCCCAGUUUGACCAACAAGUGCAACUCUCCCUGGCUUCCUGGGGAUAUUAUUAUGAAGACUAUGUCAGGCUGUCAACUGGCAUAAAGUUCCUUCAGACCAACAGGGGACAUUGCAGCAAAGACUACGACAUCCAACUAGUUGAAAGUUUACUUCAGAGGCAACUAAAUGAGAAGUGGUCUUUAGCUGGUGCUCUAAUUUUUGGCUGUACAGUUGCAUUGUGUGUUCUCAUAAGAGACCUCAUGUUUUACGUGAUUGGUGGAAUUACAGUUUCCAUCAUUGCGUUUGUCUUUACAAUAAAGUUUCUGUGCGAGCUUGCAGCUAGAGUUGUCAGUUUUCUUCAGAAUGAAGAACGUGGCCGAAGAGGAGAUCGCACUAUCUAUGAUUAUGUCCGUGGCAACUACCUUGACCCAAGGUCAUGUAAAGUCUCUUGGGACUGGAAAGAGCCACAGGAAGUGGGUCAUGCUAUGACUUUCCGAGUUCACUUAUUCUACAAGAAUGGACAGCCGUUUCCAGCAGCCCGUCCUGUUGGCUUGCGUGUGCAUAUUUCCCAUAUUGAGCUGGCACAAGACAUUCCAGUGUCACAAGAAGUGCUUCAGGAGCCUAAUACUAAUGUGGUUAAGGUUGCUUUCACAGUGAGGAAAGCUGGCCGCUAUGAAAUAACAGUGAAGCUGGGAGGGCUAAAUGUGGCAUAUAGCCCUUACUACAAAGUAUUUCAACCAGGAGCUGUCGUUCCAUCUAAAACAAAAAUUACUUGCCAUUUUUCCACUCUGGUUUUGACAGCUGGACAGCAGCACACUUUACAGGUUGAACCCAGAGAUGAAUAUGGAAAUCCAACAAACAAUUCAGUUGCCCUAAAUGAUGAACAUGUAUAUGGUGUACAGGUUCUUCCACUGGACACUCAAGAUGAAGAAAGAUCAGGGGAUUACUUUUUUAAGUCAGUAGUAUCAAAUAAACAACUCUACCAGGUGUUGCUAAAGUUGACCUUAUUGAAGAAAGGAUGUUUCAGGGUUUGCAUCUCCUAUCAGAACCAAACAAUAAGCAAUGGAGAAUUUGAUAUUAUUGUGCUCAGUGAGAAUGAAAAAAACACUGUUGAAAAAAACGUCUCAACUCCAGGGAUGAAUAUUUACUUUGAGGCGUACCUUUAUAAUGCAGGGAAUUACUCCAACUUUUUCUGGCAGCUACCCUCCUCUGCAGUGCUAGCGCCUCAGCGCAGACUGUCAACAGCCAAUGAAGAGGAUGAGGAGGACAGGGACUCUCCUUCAGAGGGACAAGUAGAGAAAGUGAAAAAACCAAAAAAAGUAUAUUGUUAUAUAUCACCAAAGCAAUUUUCUAUAAAGGAAUAUUAUUUGAAAAUCAUUCCUUGGCGCCUUUUCACUUUUAGAGUAUGUCCAGGAACAAAGUUUUCAUAUCAUGGUCCUGACCCAAUUCAUAAACACCUAACACUUGUUGUGGAUGACGGAAUGCAGCCACCAGUAGAGCUCAGCUGUAAGGAAAGGAAUAUCAUGGCAGCCACCUUUAUAAGGUUUCUACAUAAAAACAUUGGAGGCUCAGAAACAUUUCAGGACAAAGUGAACUUCUUCCAGCGUGAGCUUAGACAACUGCAUUCAAAACGACCUCGUACUAAAAUCUGUUUGAAGAUUAGCCGCAACUUCCUCCUUGAUACUUCCCUUAAGGCUACAAAAAAUUUUUCAGUUUCUGAUUGGAGUAAAAAUUUUGAGAUUGUGUUCCAAGAUGAGGAAGCCUUGGACUGGGGUGGGCCACGAAGGGAAUGGUUUGAACUGAUCUGCAAAUCAUUGUUUGACACAUCAAAUCAAUUCUUUACUCGUUUCAUUGACACCAAUCAAGGCUUGGUCCAUCCAAAUUCUGAACGUCCUGUCCAUUUUAGACUGAAGGUGUAUGAGUUUGCAGGAAAAGUCGUUGGCAAAUGCUUAUAUGAAUCAGCGCUUGGUGGAGCUUAUAAACAAUUAGUCAGAGCAAGGUUUACUCGCUCUUUUUUAGCACAGAUCAUAGGCUUGCGGAUGAGCUACAAGUACUUUGAGACAGAUGAUCCAGAAUUCUACAAAACCAAAGUUUGCUUUGUUAUUAAUAAUGAUGUCAAUGAAAUGGAUUUGGUGUUUGCAGAAGAGAAAUACAACAGUGCGGGGCAGCUUGAAAAGGUGGUUGAACUGGUAGCAGGUGGUGCACAGGUUAAAGUUACAAAUGAAAACAAGAUACUUUACCUAAAUCUUCUUGCUCAGUACAGGCUUGCUAGUCAAGUCAGAGAGGAGGUGGAGCAUUUUCUGAAGGGUUUAAAUGAAUUAGUUCCUGAAAAUCUAUUAGCUAUAUUUGAUGAAAAUGAAUUGGAGCUGCUGAUGUGUGGCACAGGAGACAUCAAUGUCUUAGACUUUAAAACCCAUGCUGUAAUUGUUGGUGGAUCCUGGCAUUUCAGAGAGAAAGUGAUGAAAUGGUUUUGGGCUGUGGUGUCCAGUUUCACCCAAGAGGAACUAGCUCGAUUGCUUCAGUUUACCACUGGCUCAUCCCAACUGCCUCCUGGAGGCUUUGCUGCACUGUGCCCUUCCUUUCAAAUUAUAGCUGCUCCAACACAUAGCACACUGCCAACUGCACACACAUGUUUUAACCAGCUGUGCCUCCCCACGUAUGACUCCUGUGAAGAGUUGCACAAGAUGCUGAAACUUGCCAUCAGUGAAGGCUGUGAAGGUUUUGGAAUGCUGUGAAUGUAUGUACGGACACAUUGCUGGUGGUGCUCUGCUAGGGAGGCCUCCAUUUAAGGGCAUCAGAGUAACCAAUGGAAUACAUUAAUGUCACAAUCCAUAAAGGAAAGUGCUACUGUAUGGUAUGCUGUGACAGGGUAUGAAUAGAUGUGUGGUAGGUUUUAUACAAUAGGUUCCUGAAUAAAGCUACACAAAUCACUAAUUUUUAAAGGGCAAAUAUAAUAAUGUAUAGAUAACACUUUGGCAGCUGUUACCAUGAAAGCUGCUCAGAUCAACACAGCAAGGAGGUCUUUACCAAUUUAAUAAUAAUGUCUUAUGCAAGACAGUCACAGUAAUUCCUUUGUUCUCCUGUCCCAGUUCAAAAUAUAUCUAUUUUUUUAUUUAUCUGUUCUCCUUAACCCCACUUACAAGAAUGUAGUCUUGUUUUUGAAAUAUUGUACUUCAGAGGGUGCUUUUGAUAGAGUUUACUUUAAAUAAUUAUAUGGUCACCGAAGGAUAUUAAGCUUGCCUAACUAGAAGCAGAAAAGACCUAAAAUGAAAAUAUGCUAAGGUUUUUGUGACCUUCCUGUCUCCCGUUUUCUGUAGUUGGGAAUUUAUUUUAUAUUCUUAUAAUUAAAGAAUGGCUACAUGGUCAGAAACUAAGGAGGGUGUUAUUAGCUGUAUCAGCUUUACUCACAAAAACUGCAAGUUUAUCAUUACUAGCUAUUGCAGUAGUUGAAAGAAUACAGAACAGGGUAAGAAUAAUCCCGCUUCUCUAUGCACUUCAUUUUAAAUUUUUGAGAAAUUGUUUCUUAAUAUAGGAAGCAGGUUAAAUAAGUUAACUAAGAAAGAGAUUCCAGGAAAUUCUAAGUAGUAUUUACUUUAAGUUAUGUAAUAGAUUGCACUGGUUAGGUUAAGAGGGAUGCCAUUGAGAGCUCUUUUUAGUGUUUGAAGUGCAGCAUGCGUUUGUAUGGUCGCAGAUAUCCCCCUCAAAAUGACUUGUUUAUUUAUGCAAAAUUGGGGUUUCACCUUUGUUAAAAAUUAGUGUUAAAUAUAGCUGCUAGUCGCCUUACAGACCAUUCAAAACACUUCAAUUUAACAGUAUAUAGCAAAUAUGAAUUACUUGGCAAUUGUAAAGAUGAAGAGAAGAUCAAUUAUAUACCACCAUUGAAGUGUUUUUGUUUCCUGCUUCUCUGUUUUGUUUCAUUCAGUAGCUGUGCUGAAAUUAAUUUGCUAUUUUGAAAAUUUUGGAAAAAAAAUUCAAAAAUUUUUGAAUCAGCUUAAUGGGAUCAUUUUAGUGCUGUACUGAGCAGGGUGUAUUUACCGCUGGGAAGCACUUGGGCCAUUUACAGGAGCUUACUGCCUAUAAAAUGUGAAUGUUUUUUUUUUUCUUGCCUUAUUUUAUGAGUUUAUGUACAGUAUAUGUUUAUAUAAUACUUGAUUUUUUUGUGCUUUUGAGGUCGAUAUAUUUCUACUAAAGUUAAUGAAAGAUGGAAGAAACCCCCUGUUAUAAAUAAUAUUGAUUUUCCUCCCUUGUAAAGAUAUCCCUGGUACCUCUGAUGCAUGCAUUUUUGUACUUCUUGAUAGUGUCAUUAAUUUUUGAACAAGGUUAGACAGUACACAUAUAGUAUAAAUGCAUUAGGAUGGCUAUUGAGAAUGCUAAUGUUAUAUUAUUUCUACAGUUAACAGACAUUAGGUCCCAUUCUCUAGAAUUCAUAUAUCACAGUAAGAAAAAAAGCCGCAGUUUGCACAAGCAUACUGUAUUAUAAUUUCAAAAAAAGCAAUUUUUAAUGUUCUGAAAAGCACAUGUUUUGUUAUAAUUUUGCUGUAUAUAUGUACUUCUUUUGUAUAAUAUUCAACAUGCACAAUAUCGGGGCACAAUGGGGGUUUCCAGUACUGCUAAGCUAUAUGCUUUGCAGUUACUCAUGAUCACACUAGCGCUGGUUGGACUUAUUGGCCAUUUAUUAUUUCUUAUUAUUGGACUCGUGAUUUUACUCAUUUAUCACUUGAGUAAAAUCAGUAGAGUACUCUGGACUGUUAAUGGGCUUGCAAAACAGUCAUUGUCAUUUAUGAACGAAUUAGGAUAUCUUUCUCUAAAGUUCAAAUACUGUAGCAGAAAAAUAGUUAUGACUUAGCUGCUGUUGAAAGUCAAAGCUGAGCAUACAUUAUCAGAACACCCUUCUAGACACAUGCUGCAAAAGAAACAAUGCACUGUUUAUGCAUCACAAUGCCUGUCUUUCUGUAUCUAAGACAAUAUUACUAGCUAUAUAAUGGAGAAGGUCAAAAUGGUGUAAAUAUUUUGAUGCUAUCUAAGACAGGAGAUAUGAACAGGUUACUUUUGGUCUUAGAAUUUGUAACCCUGUAUGCUAUCAGACAUCAGAAAUGAAUCUUUGAAUUUAUUGCACUGUUAAGAUUUGAAUGGCAGCAGAACAAACUGUGUUGCUUAUGGAACAAAUUAAAAUGAAGUUAAUAAAUAUGCAGAUGUUCUGUUUUUAAAAAUUUAAGGUUUGGCAAAUAUCUAAAAUGUUUACUUUUCCUCAUAUUUAUUUAUUUUUCUCAAACACCCUCCAGUGGAAAUUCUAAACGAAUGUGACUGUAGCUACAACGCAGCUUGACUCUGAGGUCUUCUUACCCUCAAUGAAACAGUGAUAUGCAGUCUUCCAAAAGUUAAGCAGAUGUUUAUAAUUUUUUUUUAAGGUAAACAUUGACAUUUUUUAGCUCAUUAUAGGUCAUAGUAAAGUGCAAAGUCAAAUUUUGUAAAUAAUAAAGUAUAAUCAUUGUGUUUUGUUCCACCUGUAUGGCAAAUCUUUUUAAUUUUAGGAAUUUUAUUUUGUGUUUAAUGAAAAGAAGUGUCCACUUUUAAAUUACUUUUAGAAUAUCAACAGAAUAUGCUUUAGUAAAAAGGCAUAACUUAUUGAUGAUUGACUGUUCCGUACACUGUAUGUUGCAGUUUAGUUCAUAAAUGAACUGUUUUU